AGCAAAAUCAAAGUGUGCGCGCGUCUGCCCGAGUACACGCCGCAGAGUUAUUUCUGCCCCAUCUUCCGUAUUUGAACUCAAACAGGACAGGAUUUUCCUGGGUGCAGCCCCUGCGUUGGGUGAACAGCGGAGUGAUAAAGCCUGGCGUUCUCCACCUGCAGGCGGAGGCUGACGGCGCGGUCUUUGGCGCGAGUCCGUGCACCGCGGCCGCCCCGCCCCGGUGGGAGGGAGGGACGGAGGAAGCUGCCGGUAUAACGGGAGGAGAGCGCCAGGCGGAGCUGGGGCGUCCCUCCCGCUCGCUUCUUGACUCGCGUUGCUGCCGGCCGCCUCCCGCGCCUAGUGUCCGGGACGCGCCUGAACCUGCCGCCUCCGUGCCUGGGGCGGCGCCGCGCGGCCCCGAGCGCUCCAGAAAGCUGCGGCGCGAGUCCGCGGGGCCGACCUCGGAGACGCAGCUGGGGCCGGGAGCGGCUUGGCGGGAGGGUCUGCAGCGCCGAGGGAGGCUGCCAGUGCGUGAGGAAGAGAGCUAGAGACUGGACAGGGGAGACAGAGCAGCGUCGGAGCCGCGCAGGGGACGGGAGUGAGAGCGGGAGUGAGAGCAGGAACGACGCAGAGCGGCCGUCGCCGUGCCCGGGUCUCAGGGCGCCUGGCUGAAGUGAGCAUGGCUUCAGUGGCCUGGGCCGUCCUCAAGGUGCUGCUGCUUCUCCCCACUCAGACUUGGAGCCCCGUAGGAGCAGGAAAUCCACCUGACUGUGAUGCCCCACUGGCCUCUGCCUUGCCUAGGUCAUCCUUCAGCAGCUCCUCAGAGCUGUCCAGCAGCCACGGCCCGGGGUUUUCAAGGCUUAAUCGAAGAGAUGGAGCUGGUGGCUGGACCCCACUUGUGUCAAAUAAAUACCAAUGGCUGCAAAUUGACCUUGGAGAGAGAAUGGAGGUCACUGCUGUCGCCACCCAAGGAGGAUAUGGGAGCUCUGACUGGGUGACCAGCUACCUCCUGAUGUUCAGUGAUGGUGGGAGAAACUGGAAACAGUAUCGCCGAGAAGAAAGCAUCUGGGGUUUUCCAGGAAACACAAACGCAGACAGUGUGGUGCACUACAGACUCCAGCCUCCCUUUGAAGCCAGGUUCCUGCGCUUUCUCCCUUUAGCCUGGAACCCCAGGGGCAGGAUUGGGAUGCGGAUCGAAGUGUACGGAUGUGCAUAUAAAUCUGAGGUGGUUUAUUUUGAUGGACAAAGUGCUCUGCUGUAUACACUUGAUAAAAAACCUUUAAAACCAAUAAGAGAUGUUAUUUCUUUGAAAUUUAAAGCCAUGCAGAGCAAUGGAAUUCUACUUCACAGAGAAGGACAACAUGGAAAUCACAUUACUCUGGAAUUAAUUAAAGGAAAGCUUGUCUUUUUUCUUAAUUCAGGCAAUGCUAAGCUGCCUUCCACUAUUGCUCCUGUGACCCUCACCCUGGGCAGCCUGCUGGACGACCAGCACUGGCAUUCCGUCCUCAUCGAGCUCCUCGACACGCAGGUCAACUUCACCGUGGACAAACACACUCAUCAUUUCCAAGCAAAGGGAGAUUCCAGUUACUUGGAUCUUAAUUUUGAGAUCAGCUUUGGGGGAAUUUCGACACCCGGAAGAUCGCGGGCAUUCACACGUAAAAGCUUUCAUGGGUGUUUAGAAAAUCUUUAUUAUAAUGGAGUGGAUGUUACCGAAUUAGCCAAGAAACACAAACCACAGAUCCUCAUGAUGGGAAAUGUGUCCUUCUCAUGUCCACAGCCACAGACUGUCCCUGUGACUUUUCUGAGCUCCAGGAGUUAUCUGGCUCUGCCAGGCAACUCUGGGGAGGACAAAGUGUCUGUCACUUUUCAAUUUCGAACGUGGAACAGAGCAGGACAUUUGCUUUUCGGCGAACUUCGACGUGGUUCAGGGAGUUUCGUCCUCUUUCUUAAGGAUGGCAAGCUCAAACUGAGUCUCUUCCAGCCGGGACAGUCACCAAGGAAUGUCACAGCAGGUGCUGGAUUAAACGAUGGGCAGUGGCACUCUGUGUCCUUCUCUGCUAAGUGGAGCCAUAUGAAUGUGGUGGUGGACAAUGACACAGCUGUUCAGCCCCUGGUGGCUGUGCUCAUUGAUUCAGGUGACACCUAUUAUUUUGGAGGCUGCCUGGGCAACAGCUCUGGCUCUGGAUGUAAAAGCCCCCUGGGAGGGUUUCAGGGCUGCCUAAGGCUCAUCACCAUUGGUGACAAAGCGGUGGAUCCCAUCUUAGUACAGCAGGGGGCGCUGGGGAGUUUCAGGGACCUCCAGAUAGACUCCUGCGGCAUCACAGACAGGUGCUUGCCCAGCUACUGUGAGCAUGGAGGCGAGUGUUCCCAGUCGUGGGACACCUUCUCCUGUGACUGUCUGGGCACAGGCUAUACGGGCGAGACCUGCCAUUCCUCUCUCUACGAGCAGUCUUGUGAAGCCCACAAGCACCGAGGGAACCCAUCUGGGCUUUACUCUAUUGAUGCAGAUGGAAGUGGCCCCCUGGGACCAUUUCUUGUGUACUGCAAUAUGACAGCAGACUCCGCGUGGACGGUGGUGCGGCACGGUGGCCCCGACGCGGUGACCCUCCGAGGUGCCCCCAGCGGGCACCCGCGCUCGGCUGUGUCCUUCGCGUACGCAGCGGGCGCGGGGCAGCUGCGGGCCGCGGUGAACCUGGCGGAGCGCUGCGAGCAGCGGCUGGCUCUGCGCUGCGGGACAGCGCGGCGCCCGGACUCACGAGAUGGAACCCCACUGAGCUGGUGGGUUGGAAGAACCAAUGAAACACACACUUACUGGGGAGGUUCUCUGCCUGAUGCUCAAAAGUGUACUUGUGGAUUAGAGGGGAACUGCAUUGAUUCUCAGUAUUACUGCAACUGUGAUGCUGGCCGGAAUGAAUGGACUAGUGACACAAUAGUCCUUUCCCAAAAGGAGCACCUCCCAGUCACUCAGAUUGUGAUGACAGACGCAGGCCAACCACAUUCCGAAGCAGAUUAUACACUGGGGCCACUGCUCUGCCGCGGAGAUACAAGAAUUCUGAAAGUAUGGAGAAGAGAAAGUGUGAUAUUUGAAAUAUUCCCUUCUCUUUUUGGGAGACUGAGAUGGGAGGAUGGCUUGAGCCUAGGAGUUCAACACAAGCCCGGACAAGAUGAGUCAUUUUGGAAUUCAGCUUCCUUCAACACUGAGACUUCAUACCUUCAUUUCCCUGCUUUCCACGGAGAACUCACUGCUGACGUGUGCUUCUUUUUUAAGACCACAGUUUCCUCCGGGGUGUUUAUGGAGAACCUGGGGAUCACAGACUUCAUCAGGAUUGAGCUGCGGGCUCCCACAGAAGUGACCUUUUCCUUUGAUGUGGGGAAUGGACCUUGUGAGGUCACGGUGCAGUCACCCACUCCCUUUAAUGACAAUCAGUGGCACCACGUGAGGGCAGAGAGAAAUGUUAAAGGAGCGUCUCUUCAAGUUGAUCAGCUUCCUCAGAAGAUGCAGCCUGCCCCUGCUGAUGGGCACGUUCGUUUACAGCUCAACAGCCAGCUCUUCAUUGGUGGAACGGCCACCAGACAGAGAGGCUUUCUAGGAUGCAUUCGGUCUCUGCAGUUGAACGGGGUGGCCCUGGAUCUGGAAGAAAGAGCCACAGUGACUCCAGGAGUGGAGCCAGGGUGUGCAGGACACUGCAGCACCUAUGGACACUUGUGUCGCAAUGGAGGGAGAUGCAGAGAGAAACGCAGGGGGGUCACCUGUGACUGUGCCUUCUCAGCCUAUGAUGGGCCGUUCUGCUCCAAUGAGAUUUCCGCAUAUUUUGCAACUGGCUCCUCAAUGACAUACCAUUUUCAAGAACAUUACACUUUAAGUGAAAACUCCAGCUCUCUCGUUUCUUCAUUACACAGAGAUGUAACAUUGACCAGAGAAAUGAUCACACUGAGCUUCCGAACCACACGAACUCCAAGCUUAUUGCUGUAUGUGAGCUCUUUCUAUGAGGAAUACCUUUCAGUUAUCCUCGCCAACAAUGGAAGUUUGCAGAUUAGGUACAAGCUAGAUAGACAUCAAAAUCCUGAUGCAUUUACCUUUGAUUUUAAAAACAUGGCUGAUGGUCAACUUCACCAAGUGAAGAUUAACAGAGAAGAAGCCGUGGUCAUGGUAGAGGUUAACCAGAGCGCAAAGAAACAAGUCAUCUUGUCCUCAGGGACAGAAUUCAACGCCGUCAAAUCUCUCAUAUUGGGAAAGGUUUUAGAGGCUGCCGGCGCGGACCCGGACACAAGGCGGGCGGCGACUAGUGGCUUCACUGGCUGCCUCUCGGCGGUGCGCUUCGGCCGUGCUGCUCCCCUGAAGGCGGCGCUGCGCCCCAGCGGCCCCUCCCGGGUCACCGUCCGCGGCCACGUGGCCCCUAUGGCCCGCUGCGCGGCGGGGGCGGCGUCCGGCUCCCCGGCGCGGGAACUGGCUCCCCGACUCGCGGGGGGCGCAGGUCGUUCUGGACCAGCGGAUGAGGGAGAGCCCUUGGUUAAUGCAGACAGAAGAGACUCUGCUGUCAUCGGAGGUGUGAUAGCAGUGGUGAUAUUUAUUUUGCUUUGCAUCACUGCCAUAGCCAUACGCAUCUAUCAACAGAGAAAGUUACGCAAAGAAAAUGAGUCAAAAGUCUCAAAAAAAGAAGAGUGCUAGGACAGCUCUAAACAGUGAGCUCGAUGUGCAAAACGCAGUCCAUGAAAACCAGAAAGAGCGAGUCUUCUGAUUGGCAGCUGUGGCUGUCUCUAUCACCGUGACUGUGGACUUCCCUGCUGUUGCCAUCAGGGUGCACACAGCAGGUGCAGUGCUGUCACCUGGCUGAAGACCUGCAGCCUCGGAGCCUCUGGGAGGUUCCUUUCUCCCUCGGUGAAACACAGUCCUCCACAUCAAUUUCCAAACAAUGAAUUAGGUAUGGCCAUUCAUCACUGUUCAGUAGUUUCCCUGUCCAAAGGCUCUCUUCCAAAACUGCAGUUUGAUCUAUGUUAAUAAUUGUGGGGUUUUAGAUGAGAAAAUGACUAUAAAGCUGUGGCCCUACUUUAUUUUUUAAAAGUGACAGAACUUUUGUUCAGACGUAAAAGACAAAAUUGCACUUUAAUGUUUUUUGUUACUUGAAAACAUAUCUGGGAUCCCUUUUUUUGGUCCUCUGCUGAUAUUUAUAAAACAGGAAAUGCUUCUUAGACUACCUUCACUGGCAUUUCCAUAGUCCUGGAAUCCAGAGCCAAGUGGCCUGUCUAAAAUUCACAGCCCUUUUAUUCUCGUGGUGGUUAAUACAACGCAGGUGAAGCCUGGAAAUACUACCAUUAUUUUUGGUGUAUUGCUUUUUCUAAUUGACUGUUUUUAAUGAUUUUGAUACAUUUUAAUGUUGAAAGUAAUAUUGAAUGUUAGCUAUGAAAUUUUAGUAUUGAAUUUUAUAAUGGAACAGAACACUGGUAGGUAACAAGAUGCAAGACGAUGUCAACACAAGAUUGUCUGCCUGUUUUUCUUUGUAAUUUGUAAUUACAGUUUUUGUAACUUGUGAUUAUGUUUUUAACUAAAUUUACAACCAGAUACAAACACUACUUCUUACACAGAGUUAUCCUUUAUUUAUAUCAUUAAUAUGUGAAUGAAACAUCAUCCUAACUUACUUCCCCAAGAUACUGAGAGGUCAUAUCUGUUUUUCUUUAUCAUUCAUUUCUUUUUCUAAAAGUUGUUACUGAUAUGCUUUUGAUUUCCUAUGACUCUAUUAUGUUGUACAGAACAUCUUUUCAAUUUAUUAAAAAAAUAGCUUAACUGAAGAUCACUAAUUCCUUUUCUAAAUUUUGAACUGCUCUAGGCAUAAAUAUCAUUGUGUAUUAUCCUUUCAUCUAAUCACUUUUGGAAUGUAAACUGAGGGCUGUUCACUCCAAGUUAAGUUAGCAUUUACAUGAUGUUUAUUAAAUCUGCCAGUCUGAUCACAGGUUGAUGACCAUGGGGCCAAAUUCCCAUAGAUUACCCAAAAUUGAAUAUGUGCUAUUAACUGGAACAUGUCUCAUUAAGGUUUACGUACACACUAAGACAGCAAAGGAUUGGAAUUAACUUUAUGGAGACAGUUCCAGGGACUAAUAUUGAAGCAGUGGUUAUUUGAUAAUGCAUGGAACCACCAUUUGGAUUCAAUAAACCAAUUAUAUAAAAGCAAUGAUGCUACACUCUUCAUAUUCCAGAUGCCAACUGCCUACCAAGGACUAAUGAGAUGGUAUAUUUCUUCCACAUCAGGGCAAGCUGAAAAUAUAUUGAUUCAGCGUUACUGUUACGUAAAUGAAUUUCCAUCUUCUCAUAUGUGUUAUUUUUGAAAGAAUGAAUACACUCUCUGUCUUAAAUCCGCUCUUAACAAAUGAUCUCUUCUCAGAAUACUACAUCUGUAUUGAGAGUACAGACAGCCCAUUGGUCACUGCACCUUUUGCAAGACAGCGAAACGGAUGCAUCAGAUUGCAUUGAUACAUCAUCACCAUCAAUCUUUUGCACUGAUUUUUAGACUUAAUCUUCUUAUUUGAAAAUAAACUCAUUUUUAAAUAAAAUAAAAAAUAUUUUAGGGAAAGCUCUAUAAAAUUAAAAUUACAGAAUUAUAUGCUUUUUAAAAUUUAUGCAAAAAUGUGCAGACAAAUGUAUUCUGUAUUGGUUUAUGUAUUACUUUGCCCUUGUAUAUUUUGAGAUUAUUAAGAUUUGUUGACUUUUUUGGUUUGAUAUUUAUCAUCUGUUAAAUUUUUCCUUUUAAAUUAUUAAAUGCAAAGUGCAAGAAAAAGAGAUAAAUAUUUACUGAUUGCUAGAUGUAAAAAUAUCUAUGAAUAUAUAUAUUUAAACUUCUGCCAGAGAGCAACCAUCUAACAGUCAACUUACUAAAAUCUAAAUUGAGUACUUUUUACUGUUGCAGAGAAUUAAGUCACUAAACGUUAUUUAGAUAUAUAGAUGCUAGUUGCAAGUAACACCCUUUUGUAAUAUAAAAGUAAAAGCAUAAUAAUUUCCCAACUUUUGUCUUCAAAUUAAAAAAGAAAAUAGCAUAUAAUUACCAUUCUUCAUUUGAGAAAGCUGAAGAUUCUGAUGCUUAAAAACUUCAGAAUUCUAAUAUUAAAAAUAGAGUGGUUCAUGUGACAUUGAAGGCUUAUCGCUGUAAAAUAGUGACACUGGUGAGUGGUAUUAUCUCAAUAUUUUUGUCCAAAUUCACCUUAGGAAAUCACUGUAAAUCUUCAUUGUUUCCUAAAAGUCAUUAUUACGGCAUAAACUUAACAUACUUUGAUAGUAGUUAGUACUGAUACGUGACAUAUUCUACCCCGUGUCUCUAUUACUCUGUCUCUAUUACUGUGAAAAGUCACAGUAAAUUUAACAUUUUCUUCCAGACUGUGUAUGAUCUUUCAUUGUAAUAGAGACAUGGAGUAGGAUAAGUCAUGUAUUAACAUAUAAGAUUUUUUUAACCUGCUCCCUCAGUUUUAUAGAUGAGACAAAGAUAAGGUUGUAAGAGCUAAUCUCUUCAAGUAGGCAGUACUAGUAAGUUGUCAUGCGUGGACUGAACUCCUGACACUUCUCUCUCUUAACUUCAAUCCAUAGAGAAGCCCACCUUCCUGCCUUCCCAGUAUUAUUUAGCAGAGGAGAAAAUCAUAUUAGGCUGUUUGAUACUCUGUUUGCCUAGACUGACCAAUAAUUCUGGAUCUUUGUUCACAUCUUCUCUGAAAAGAAUAUUUGAUGGGAAAUCUUUUUUAUUUUUUAAUUUUUGUGUACAUACUAGGUGUAUAUAUUUAUGGAGUACAUGAAAUGUUUUGAUACAGGCAUGCACUGUGAAAUAAGCACAUCAUGGAGAAUGGGGUAUCCAUCCCCUCAACAUUUAUCCUUUGUGUUACAAGCAACCUAAUUACACUCUGUAUUUUAAAAUAUGCAGUUAAGUUUUUAUUGACUAUAGUCACCCUAUUGUGCUAUCAUAUAGUAAGUUUUACUCAUUCUUUCUACUUUUCUUGUACCCAUUAACCUAUCCCCACCUCUGCCCCACCAUUAUCUCAGCUGUCUACUACUUUUUUCAGCCUUUACUAACCAUCCUUCUACUCUAUAUCCAUGAGUUCCGUUGUUUUGAUUUUUAGAUCCCAUAAAUAAAUGAGAACAUGCAAUGUUUGUCUUUCUAUGCCUGGCCUAUUUCACUUAACAUAAUGACCUCCAGUUCCAUCCAUGCUGUUGCAAGUGACAGGAUCUCAUUCUCUUUUAUGGCUGAAGAAUACUCCAUUUUGUAUGUGAACCACAUUUUUUUCAUUCAUCUGUUGACAAACACUUAGGGUGUUUCCAAAUCUUAGCUGUUAUAAACAGUAUUGCAACAAAUAAAAGAGUGCAGAUGGAAAA